CCCAUCCCCAAUCCUACUCUCCUCAUCGUCCUCAGCGGCGACGACGCGUCUUUCCCGCUGUCCUGGCUUUGGCUUUGGCUACUCAACCCCGCUGCCCCGCGCCAUCGCCUGUCUAGCGCCGCGUCGGCUCGCACUACACCCCGCUGUAUAUUAUCCUCACCUUCCUUUGUCCUCCGCCUAGCAUGCUCCUCUCUCCGAACGCCGAGUACGUUUCCUUCAGGCAAUCAAAACGUGACUCGAGCUUGUCCCCUUGUCGCAUCUCAACUCCCCUCUUUCUGCGCACCCCGCCGAAAUCAGCAUCGUCUCCGCUAGUGUACGACACCCCAAUGCUUUCUCCUUCCCCUCUCAGGCGACAAGCGCUUCCCACCCCAGGUCCCGGAGACCCAGACGACGUCUUUCAGUCGCCCCUGCGUGCAUACAGCCUCUAUCCGCAACGUUCGCCUGCAGGACCUCCAGAUUCGUCUAUGGCCAUCGAUGACGAGGACGAUCUCUUUCUUGGUCCGUCUCCUUCCUCGUCCCACUUCGUACCACCGCCAUCAUCCCCUGCCCUUCUCCGAACACCGCUUCGGACCCCUGUGAAGCACCCCUCGGCUGAUGGCCUGCGAUUGUCCCCGGAUCGUUCUGCAUUGUCCGUAAAGCACCUCAACGUCGCCUCGGCUCUCUUCUCUGUCCCUAGCGCCGGCACCAAGCGUAAACCGACGCCCAUAUGUACGACGCCUUCGAGGAGCCGGACAAUGACCCCGCUCAAUGUUGCAUCGGCUACCUCGCAUGUCCAGACUUCUGACUCUGCCCUUCUUUUUGAUCGGCUUGCGCCUCUUUCUGCGCCCCGUUUCGCCGGUGCGCGUACGACGCCCCACAGCAAGGCUGAAACUGAGCAGCAUCUGAAGAAGCAGGCCGAGACGAUGACCAUGCUAAGCAUCCGCGAUCUCGAUCACUCUGGCGACGAGUCCGGGUAUGACUCGGACCCCGACGCAAACCACAACGGGUCGGGAACAAUAGAGAAGCACCACCUCCUUUAUAUGGGAAGUACCGGCGGCUCGGCCGCCGCGCCGUUCUCUAUAAAAGCGAGGGCACGAACAAAGGGCUCCAACCAAGGCAAAUCUCCUGGACUCGAAAUUCUGACUCGCAGGGGUCUGGUCAACGACGAAGAGGUCGCUGAGGCUAUCUCACCCGGUGGACACGUCAUCAAACGACGAGCGCGAUCACGCCCCGUGUCUGCAGAGUUGCUCGAAUCAGUCCAGAGUACGCCCGUUCCAUCGCAGAACCAGGUCACGGCGACUCCACGCUUAAAUGAGUGCACGAGCGCGAGCACGGUCGCCUUCCCUUCCACUCGAACCAUGCGGACACGAACUACAUCCAACUCUUCUACCACCUCUUCUGAGUCUGGUUCGCCGCGGCGACGCCCAAAUGCCGCAGGCGCGACUCGAACACGCACCGAAUCUCAUACGAGCCGAACACUCAACAGGCUACAAAGCUCGAGUUCGGCGACUUUGUUCUUCGGGCCCUCUGUUAGUAGCACCACUAACGCGAAGAAGGACAGUAAGUCAGGCAGGACCUCUUCUGCGAGCAAAGCCCCUGCCUCGCCACUCUUUUUGCGAGUGGAACAGCGUUCCGCACGGCGACCGCCGCUGCCUAACCGCCACAGCUACGCUGGUACCGAUGACUCUCCCACAUGGGCCACCCGUUCGCCUCCUGCCGCAGCUUCAUCGCCUGCCCCUAUCAACGCCCGCAAGCGCAUGGAGUCAGACGGCUCAGAUGACGAGGCGGACCUGUUCUUCAGCAGCGGGCCGGCCGACUCCUCGUUCGCAAUAUCUCUCCAGCGAGAGUGCACGCCCAGUCCGAAGAAGAAGCAGAAGCGCGAGAGCCUCGACCCGCUCCCCAAGAAGUUCCGCGCGCGCGAUUCGGGCGUUGUCCUCUCUGACAGCGACGACGACCUCGACCUCGCCUUGAUUGACCGGACGAACUUCGUGAUGGCCGCGAUGCCACGGGCGUCGACGUCCGUCAGCACGGUCGCGUCGUCCGUCGACGACCACGAACUGGUCACCCCUGGCAUCGGCCCCUCCGCGGCGUCCGGCUGGCCGACCGUCGUCAAUCUCGACGACGACCACUUCAACUUCAACCCUUCUCACAGCUCGGGCAUGGGCGCGAGCCGCAGCGUCGACGCGUUCAUCCUCCGAACUCUCGCCGCAGGUGGCUCCAUCUCCACCCGUGGGGACGCCGAGCCGAAGCGUGUGCCGGGAACCCCGGUGAAGAGGGUCAAGACCGCGCACCUCGUCGGCGGUGUCACGCGCCCGUGGCAGAGCGCUGUCGCGCACAAGAUCGGCUUCAAGGAGUUCGAGGUCGGGCCGGGCGAGGGCGUCGGGAAAGGCAAGGCCAAGCCUCGCAAGAGCUUGCCUGCGGCCUUCCCCAGCCUCGGUCGAGCGAAGGGGAACAAGACGGUCAAGGAAAAGCAGGGCAAGGUGGCGGUGGCUAAGGCGGCGGUGUCGGCGAGUGCCAGCGAGAGGGAUACGGAUGUGGACUUGGACGACGGGGAUAGUCCAACGGUGCGGAGGGAUCCGAAGUACGAUGGGUUGGGUCUCGGGAGGCCGACAAGUGGUCUGCCACCGUUCGCAAGGCCGAGUGGGGACGGGAGAGGUGGGAGAGCGAGCUGGUUGAUGCGCAGGAGCAGCAGCGGUGCGUUCUCGAGCUCGAGCGACGCUUCUUCUGUCAAUGCCACGCCUACGAGGCUCACGCCGAAAGAGUGGAUGCUACCUCCGCCCCGAGUCCGUACGCCGGGCGCGUCGCCGCUCAAGAGCGCAUUGGAGGCGGCCAGCCGGUCCACUUCCGGUUCUUCGUCGUCAACCUCCACCGCGACGAACUCGCCCACCAUCAACGCAGUCACACGUAAUGCUCCUGGGAUGUUGUCUCAGCGCGAACGCAGGGUCAGCCAGAACCUGCGGACGCCCGCUCCCGCACUCUUCCCUACCCUCCACGGCCAGCGGCCACACACCCACGCCCACCCCGCGCGACAGUCUCAUGUGCAACCGGCCGUUCGCGCUGGACGGCUCCCUGCCUCCACUAACGAGGAGGAAUCUGGGCGAUUUGUGCGUGAUUUCGUGGAGAUCGACGAGCUUGGGAGCGGGGAGUUUGGGCGUGUGAUGAAAGUCCGCUACAAGGAUCCGGCCCGGGGUACGGACGUGUUCGCUGUCAAGAAGUCGAAGCGGUUCGAAGGCGUCAAACAUCGGCUUCGUCUUCGCGAAGAAGUCGACAUCCUGAAGCAUCUUUCCGACGCCGCAGCCCGCUCGUCCGAUACGUCGAUACGCCUCGCCCGUCGACACCCCAACAUCCUCGCCUACGUCGACAGCUGGGAGGAAGACGAGACGCUCUAUAUCCAGACGGAACUAUGUGAGCUCGGCAACUUCGCCCACUUCCUCUGGGAGUACGGCCGAACGUUCCCCCAGCUCGACGAAGCGCGUGUCUGGAAGAUCAUGGCGGAGCUCGCUGCCGGUCUGCGCUUCAUCCACGACGCGAACGUUAUCCACCUCGACCUGAAACCUGCGAACAUCUUCCUCACGGGAGAAGGCCGGCUGAAGAUCGGGGACUUUGGUAUGGCCUCCGUGUGGCCCAGGCCGUCCCCUCCCGGCGAACCAAGCUUGAUCCCCGGGCAGAAGCCUGCCGGGUUCGAGCGCGAAGGCGACAAGCUUUAUCUCGCGCCCGAGGUUCUCCAGGGCCGGUACGGCAAGGCUGCCGACGUCUUCAGCCUGGGGAUGACCAUGCUGGAGACUGCGUCGAACAUCGUCGUGCCAGACCAGGGCGAAGCGUGGCACCGACUUCGUCGGGAAGACUUCAGCCAGGUCGAGCUCGACGCGACUCCGGAGCUCUGGGAUUUGAUCAAGAGCAUGAUGCGAGCGGCGCCCGCGCUGCGUAUAGGCAUCCUGCUGGUCGACACGCACCCCGUCGUUGUGCGCGCACGUCGUGCGAUGGAACGCAUGCGCUCGCGAUACGGUGCGGUGUUCGGUGCCUCGCCGCUGGGAGCAGUUCCCGAAGGGUUCCUGGACGAGAUUCUUGCGCGCGGCCGGCAUGGUGCGGGCGACGACGACGACGAAGAUGACUGGGAGAUGGACCUUGGCGCAUGAUCCGCUGCGCAUGGCUUCAUCAGCCAUCCUUCUCCCGACGUCUAUCCGUUCGAUGAUGACUGGUCACCGCUGGGACGCUUUCAUUUGCGCGUGUGGCGGCGGACCGUCGUGGUUGUGUUCUGUGAGCUAUGCGUCUUUUCUCUUGAUUCGAAAUGCCCUCUCCUACUUUGGAGUUCUAUUGUCUAACCUAUUCGCCUAUGCCCCCCUUGCUCUUUUGUUUAUUCUGAGACUCUUGUCCUUCACCGGGAGGGGUCUGAUUUUGGUUGUGAUAUUGUUAAUGCGGUGUAAUAACAGUCCCAAUGCCCCCUUCCUCCAUGCCCAUCGUCGUGCAUAUUCCUAUUCUCCCUCACGCUCCGAAACUAUGGCCUUGCUCACUUCGCUCUCACUUGCACAUACAUACACUCCUCACACUCAAGCCUUCACCCACACGUCAUGUCUCCUUUAUUCACCGCGGACCACCAUCAUCCAUGCGCUUGCACGAGAUCCCAUAAUCGCGUUCGGCACCUCUCAGCUCUUGACGCACAGACUCCUCCCCCACCCAUCACGAUGACUACGUGUUCUUGUUUCAUUCUCCCUACCCCAUCUUGCGUUAUGUUGGUACAUUAGACGAUUGGUUAUGUCACGCGUGCAUACUUACGGCCCUACACAUGUCUCUACGCCCCUCCGUCUCUUCUGCACAUCUUGUUCCCAGUCACGUUUGCAUCUGUAUGUCCACCGUCGGAGUCCUUGAUCACGAUCUGCAAUUACGGUCCACGAGUU